AUGGCUGAGGAAUUGCAACUGGCUUGGAUGGGAGAUUUCGACUCACUGAAACAGUUUGUCAGCGAAAAACUUAAUCUAAACGGCGAAUGGGUUAGUCCAGGAGGCGAUAAGAAAUUAUUUAAUGAUGGCUACAUAUCUAUUUCGUGGCGGAAAAAUAAGAAAGCCUUGCUGAUCGACGGCGAUGAUCGGGAAAAAUUUAAGAGUAAACUCUGCAGGAUGAUCUGUGCGAACGACUUCAACAAAGGGAAUAUGUGCGAAGAAACUAAGACU